GCUGAGAGAGGAGGAGCCUGUGGGGUGUGGGACUCCAGACAAAGGAGACAUAUACUUACUGACACUGGAUCACUGGAGCAAAAGGAGAGGCACAGAAGACAAUUCUCAACUCCUGGACUACUUUUUUUGUGUUUUGGAAAAGUUUCUGUUAUGUGUUUGUCAGCUGUAUGGAUUCAUUUGUGAGCUGAGAGAUGUUUGUGCUGGAGCAGUUGUUCCCAUAUGCUGCUUGUAGUGUGUAGGAGUGUGUGGGUUAGUAUGUUUGGGAUGGAAAAGUGGGGCUGGCACGACCAACAGCUCUGCUCUUAGUUUUACGCCAUGGGGGGUUGCCAUAGUUACCCCUCGGCUACGAAAGAAGACCACAAGACUCUUCAUCCUUCUGACAUCAGCAGUGAAAAACUGGGAAUUAAUAACAAUAAUCUGGAGGAGCGUCCAUAUCUGCAGCAGCAGUAUGUGUGCCAGCGGAUCACACACACAGACAUGUUUGCCCUCACGGCGCUGCCACCUGGCGUUGACAAGGCAGAGUGGCUUGCCAGCAACACGGUGGCGUUUUUCAAGCAUAUAAAUCUGUUCUCUAGUGCACUUUCCGAGAUCUGCACUCCGAGUACCUGCCCAUCUGCCUGUGGACCAGGCAACACGGUUUAUGUUUGGACCGAUGACCACGGCAGGAAGCUGAAGUGCUCUGCCCCACUUUACUUUGACUAUGCCAUGUCAUACAUUCAGGAGCUACUGACUGAUGAAGACGUGUUCCCCACGAAAGCAGGUUCGGUGUUUCCGACAGGCUUCGUCUUUCUGGUCCAGAAGGUGUUUUUGCUGUUUUUCAGGACUCUGGCUCACAUUUACGGGUCUCACUACAGAGAGACAUUGGCCCUGGGACUGCACCCACACCUCAACACACUCUUCACACACCUCACACUCUUCUGCCGGCAGCACGCCCUGUUGGAGCCGGAGGAUACUGAGCCAUUGCAGGACCUUAUCACAGCCUUGGGACGGCAAGGCUGAACCUAGUCUCGCAUUGCCAGACCUUCCUCCACAGUGCUGCGGAGGAGGGUCUGGCGAGUCCACACAGUGUAGAAUUCCAACAGAAAGAAAGCGAAAGGUAAUGGACACCGGAUCAAUCCCGGAAGUGGAAUGUCGUGGAUAUACACUAGGCAGAACCUAAAGAGCAAACACAUAUAUUGUACACUUACAUUUUCAUCACACACUUAUAUACAUAUUAUAUCUUGUUAUAAAGCUAUAUAGUGUCUCUCACCACUCUGGGCCAACCAUAAACAGAAUGGAUUUUUUGAAGGUCUGGAAGUUGUAGAAUAGAAAAUAAAAUACUGUUAAUGAACAGUAUUUGGAAGAAUCUGUUCUGCUUUAAAAAGCAGUAGCCUACAUCAGUCCAGAAAAGGAGUAUCUUCCUCCUGUUGUAAAUAGUUGUCAUCAGUUACUGUGAUACUGUAUUGCAUGUUAGUGUAUUUUAACAUAAUGAUGCAUUUUUAUUUUUUGUUAAGGUGAAGAUCUUCAAGGCCAUUCAUGUCUUCCUCAUAGGCUUUAACCCUGUAAUAAAAAAAACAUUGACUCAUCCAGUUCACAGUCAAUUUACAAAAUGUGCCAUCCUUAUAGUUUGAACAUUUGCAAAAACCCAUGAAGAAGAUGUGUUAACAAAAAUGUGAUUACACUGUAAUUACUGCAUCUGUACAGAAUGGCACGAAUUUGCAUCUGCAUUAUGAAUGACUCUGUAAUAAACAUUUAUGACCAUA